AUGGCCUUCGCUGGCAGUGCCGACGACUCGGCGGAAGAUUAUUCCGCGGCGGCCACCGUGGUGCGCUUCGACCCGCCGCUCCCUCUCCUCCGCGCGCCCGUCCCCUCCCCGGCCUCCGGCGACGGCCCCGUCGUCCUCGCCUUCCGCGACGCCGCCAGCUGGCGAGCCGCCUGGGAGGUCGCCGAGGCCAGCCUCGUCUCCCAGUGCGAGCUGGCCGAGGUGCCUGGCGCUAGUCAUGCGACGCAUGAAAUGAGGAAGGAAAUUGAAAGGUGCAAGAAUCGGUGGAAAGAUCCAAGUCAAGAAUUGCUUCUUUGCCUAUUGCUCCUUCCUCAAGCAAUCUUCACGACAAUAGCAAGAGGAACAAGAGGGGCCUGUUUACGCAUUGGAAAAAGCUUGGGCAUUGGAAGGCCAUAUUAUAGCAAAAAGUGGAUUGAAGAAGGUCCUGGCCGUGAACCACCCCACAAGGAUAAAGAGGUAUCAAAAAUGAGGAUGGUUUGCUUCAAGAAGUUCUUUCCCAUGCCAGAAGAAUUGGCUAAAGUAAAAGAAGAGUACUCAAGGUUCUCUAGUUGUUCAGAAGAUUUUAAUGAUCCUGACUCAAUCCAUGAUAGAUGGGCUGUUUCCCCUAUGACUUGGUGGACAAAUCAUGGACAAUCUGCUCCCUUAUUGAUGUGUUUGGCUAUGAAAUUGCUUAGCCAGCCAGCCUCAUCUUCUUGCUGUGAAAGAAACUGGAGCACCUAUAGCUUUGUCCAUAGUGUCAAGAGAAAUGCCUUAACUCCAGAGCGUGCUGAAGAUUUAGUCUUUGUGCACUCAAAUCUGAGGCAUCUGUCAAGAAGAACUGAUGCAUACAAGACAGGAGAGACAAGGAUGUGGGAUGUAGGAGGGGAUUCUUUUGAUUCACUUGGUGGUGUUGGCAUUCUUGAAGUGGCUGAUCUGUCCCUUGAUGAACCUGAACUGCAAGCUGUGUCUUUUGGUCUGGAUGAGCUGCCGGUUGAUAUUGUGGAUGACAAUGAAACAAUUGAGGAAUAG